GUUGGCAAUCAAAGUGAAAAUGACGAGCUUGGACUUGAGACUGGCAGUAGCGCUCUGUCUAAUCUGGACGACGGCUGCCCAGAACUCCACGGAUGGCGGACAGGAUGGCCGCAUUGUCGGCGGCUGGGAAACGCACAUCACCUUUUUUCCGCACCAAGUAUCCCUGCAGUUGGGCACUCGGCAUGCAUGCGGUGGAACCAUCAUUUCGCCCACCAUCAUCUUGACUGCUGCUCACUGUGUGCUGGAGUACAGCAAACCGCAAUAUUACGUGAUUCGAGCCGGAUCCAGCGAUUGGACGAAGGGCGGCAGCUAUAUUAGCGUCAAACAGAUCAUUCCUCAUCCCAAGUUCCAUGAACCAACGAGGAUGAACAAUGACAUUGCCAUUGUUCAGCUGCAGCAACCCCUUGUCUAUAGUCAGGAUAUACGACCCAUAAGCUUGGCCACCAAUAAGGACAUCAUUAUGUCGACCGCACAGCUUUUUGUAAGCGGCUGGGGCAGCACGUCGAUCUCACAAAUGCAGCCGGAAAAGCGUCUUCGCUACACAGUUGUCCAUCUAAGAGAUCAGAAUCAGUGCGCCAGAAACUAUUUUGGAGCUGGCACCGUGACCAACACCAUGUUCUGCGCGGGAACUCAGGUGGGAGGAAGAGAUAGCUGCCAGGGAGAUUCGGGCGGUCCACUUGUCACAUCUAUAGAUGGCCAGCUAAAGCUCUACGGCAUUGUGUCCUGGGGAUUUGGAUGCGCAAACGCCAUGUUUCCUGGAAUUUACACUAAAAUUUCCGCCUAUGACGACUGGAUAGCGCAGACAAUUGAGGAGCUGGUCUAGCCUAAUUUUAAACUAUAUUACUACAUAGAAAUAAUAGUCAAAACCACUGCUAAGUUUAAGUUAUAACGUAUAACAUAUAUACUAAUACCAAAUCUAAUUUAUAAGAUCUUUCACCUCUGUAAAUGAACUUUAUUAAACGCUAAUAACUUGCUAAUUUCAAGU